AUGCCGAAAACUAUCCCGUCCAAGCGGGCCGUCAAGGGUACCUCAAGUUCCCUUUCUAGCUCCGGCAAGAGGCCCGGCAAAUCAGUAUCCCUCAGCUCAGAUCGGAAACGGAGGGCCUCAUCAUCGACCGUUUCCAGUCUUUCUUCAGUCACGUCAAUGGAAGGGCUGAGCGACGAGGAGGACGAUCCCAAUGAUUCUGACGAUGCGGACGACGAAGAUGACCAACCGAUUCUCCUUACCCCGUCUUAUAGAAACCAUAAGGCGGGGAUGAAAUCGACAAAACGCACCAAGACAAAAGCUGUGUCCGACGACGACAGCGAACACGAACUCAGCGAUGGCCCAGACUUGGACGACAGCUCUGAUGAUGUCUACGCCGCUGUGGAUUAUAUUAGUGAUGGUGAUGAUGAAGAACGAGAUGUUGAAAUGCUGGAAGAGCUCAUGAUCUUGGAAUCUGAAGAUGAGCAUGAUAUCGCGAGCGCAGCAAACACUGGUGCCUCUGACGUUCAUGACUGGGCCGGUCCUAGUGUCUUCAAUGAUGAUAUGAUGUUCUCCGGAGCGCUCUUUGACGAACAGCAGCUCUACAGUGCGAUGGAAGCGUUCGGUGAAACUGACGUAGCAAGUGAGACCGCGGUAGAAACCCCCGUACCGCGCCGAGUACAUUUCGAAGAAGACUCGGAUUCGUCUUCUGACAGCGAUUCUUACACCGAAGACGAAAUCCCGAGUGAUUUCCUCCAACAGGACAGUCUUGACCCGCAGCUGCGCCGCAUGAUUGAGAACGACAGCAAUGAGGUCGGCGGCCGUUCGUCUCGCCGGCAAUCGGAUGAGAUCUACGCAGACUCUGACUAUGGCCACUCCAACAUUUACCAUGUCGAGUCCGAUGGCGCCUUCUCCGAGGGAUCCUCGAGUGGCUAUGAGACCGACGAUGGCGAGACUACAGAUGAAGACCUUCCCCCUCCAGCUACCAUCACUCACCCGCGAUCUAUCCUCCGCCGCGACUCCUCUGCUUCCUUGGUUGCUGGGGUUGAAGAAAAGACUGAGCCUACUCCCCGACGAAGGAGAGGCCCCAUCAUGGGCACCUUUGUUGCAGACCCUCACAAGCCAGUUGCCCUAGUAGAUUGCACUGGCAAGCACCUUGUGAUUAUUCCUGCGUAUGCUUCAUCUCGCCAUGACUGGCUUGAGUCAGCGGCGACCAGCGUUUGCGGAACCGCGAAUAAUAGCCCACGAGCGACGACCAUGCAUCUGAUUGACGAGAGCGACACCGACGCGCUCAUCUCGCCGAAUAUGGAUCUCAGCCCUAUGUUGGCGUCUAGUGCUAACCUAAUGAUGACGGCUCUGGGUAACGAUAUUGCACCGGGUGGCCAGGUCAUGGGUCCCCCAGAAGCAUUUUAUCCGUCUCGCGAUUUUGCGAUUGACAGCUCUUUUGAAGAAGACGACGAAGACGAAGACCCCGAAGCCCAGUUGAACGUAGAUGACUUUAUUGACUUUGGCGAUGGUUCUUCCGACGAGGAACUUGACAAGGACUCGGACGAAGAAGCCAUGGCGUCUCCCAUGACAGCGGCAGCAGUGGGCAGCACGAAUGGGACCCCAACCCCGAAUCGUGGGGCCGACCCGCACCAGACCAACAGUGCGGAACGGUUCCUGAACCACCUCGAUCGGGGAAUUGUGACGGCCUUCCGCCGCAAUCACAAUCGCUACCAGGCGCUACUGCGACUCCCGCAGCACCGGGAAUUCAUGCCGGCCAACUCGCCGUCCCGCGCAUCGAGUGUGUUUCGACACGCCCGACAUGCAGACCAGCGCACGCCGACCCGAAAGCGCAAGGCGAGCGGAAAUGCGGGAGGGGAAGCAGUGCGGCGAAAACUGAUGAACGCCCAGCGACACAGUCAGAUACCGUUUUAAAAAAAAACGGCGGCGAUGGCGUGUUAGAUAGAUCAUGUGGCUGUCUCAGCUUGUUUGAAACCGGACAGGGAUCGGGGCUCAAGGUCUGCAGCGGUCAAGAAUCAAAGCACGACCAAAAGUUUGAGUUUGAUGACGAAGGCUAUGAAUAUCUUUUUCUUUUCUUCUUCUUUUCUUCAUUGUUCCCUUUCACUUUUUCUUUUGCUUCUUUGUUUUUCUGUUUGUGCCUGGAGUCGGAGUGGCUUUCGGGAUAUACCAUACCUCAUCUCUGUUGCAGACACGGCCUGUUACGUAUUUUGU